AUGGAGAUUUCAACACAACAACUCAGCGCGUACAACGGCACAGAUCCAUCGAAGCCUAUAUACGUUGCGAUGAAGGGUCGCGUGUUCGACGUCACCACCGGCAAAUCGUUCUACGGUCCCGGCGGAGCCUACGCUAUGUUCGCCGGCAGAGACGCGAGCAGAGCACUGGCGAAGAUGAGCAAAAACGAAGAAGACAUCACCUCGUCGCUGGAUGGACUCACCGAGAAAGAGAUUGGAGUUCUCAAUGAUUGGGAAACGAAGUUCGUCGCUAAAUACCCUAUUGUUGGAACCCUGGUUAAUUAA